AUGAAUGCCCUUCACUUCGCAGCGAAUCACGCCGAUUUGAAAAUGUGCGAGUGGCUGUGCGAAAAGAACGUCGACGCGCUGGUCCUGAAUCAUGAUGAGCGGGGAAACACGGUUCUUCACUUCGCCGCAAAGAACAAAAUGUUUGGAAAAACGCUCGUCCCUUUUUUAGUUUCCAAGGGGGUGAAUGUGAAUUUGAAAAACAAUAACUCACACUCGGCCUUUUGCGUUGCCCUCCACACGGAAAACAUCGCCGCUGCUGAGGAAUUGCUCAAGGCCGGCGCAGACAUGGAUAUCAAUCUGGAGAGCGGCGACAAUAACGCCCUGCACUUCUGCACUCGUAAUAAUAAACUGCUGAGUGCUAAAUUCGUGGUGGGAUUAAAUAAACGGCUGAUCAAGGAGGACUUCCAAGGCAUCACUAUCCUUCACAUGGCGGCGCAAACGGCGGAUUUGCAGUUUUGCAAAUUUCUGGUCGAAAAUGGGGCCGAUGUUCAUGCCAAAGACUUUCUUGGUCGUUCGGUUUUGGUUUAUGUUCCGCGAAAACAAAAGGAAAAGAGAAACUACUUCCUCUCCCUGGGAGUUAGAUGUUAA